AUGGAGGUGAGUAAUCACACCGUGACUGAGUUCAUCCUGUUGGGCUUCACAACAGACCCUGUGAUGCAGCUGGUCCUGUUUGUGGUCUUCCUCGGCGUGUACUCUGUGACUGUGGUGGGAAAUGUCACACUCAUAGUGCUAAUAUGUAAUGACUCCCGGCUUCACACACCCAUGUAUUUCUUCAUUGGCAAUCUGUCCUUCCUGGACUUCUGGUAUUCCUCUGUGUACACCCCGAAGAUCAUAGUGACCUGCAUCUCUGAGGAUAAAAGCAUCUCCUUUGCUGGUUGUGCAGCUCAGUUCUUCUUCUCCGGUGGCCUGGCCUACAGUGAGUGCUACCUGUUGGCUGCCAUGGCUUAUGACCGCUACAUGGCCAUUUCAAAACCUCUCCUCUAUUCUCAGACUAUGUCCAUACGGUUAUGUACAUUUUUGGUUGCAGCCUCCUAUCUUGGUGGAUUUCUUAACCUCUCUGUCAUCACCAAAAGAACUUUUUCCUUGAACUUCUGUCAUGAUAAUGUUAUUGAUGACUUUUUCUGUGAUUUAUUUCCCCUGGUGAAGCUGGCUUGUGGCAGAAGAGACGGCUAUCAGAUUAUCCUUUAUUACCUCCUGGCCUCCAACGUCAUUACCCCUGUUGUAUUCGUCCUCACCUCUUACCUCUUCAUCAUCGCCACCAUCCUGAGGAUCCGCUCCACCCAGGACCGCCUCAAAGCCUUCUCCACCUGCUCCUCCCACCUGAUCUCUGUCACCUUAUACUAUGGCUCUAUUCUCUACAUCUACUUUCACCCCAGGUCUAGCUAUUCCAUGAGUGGAGACAAAAUCGUUUCCACUUUUUACACUGUGGUCUUCCCUAUGUUGAAUCCCAUGAUCUACAGCCUGAGGAAUAAGGAUGUGAAAGAGGCUCUGAAAAAACUCUUCAAAUAA